CAAUGAAUCUGGUUGGAGAUAACCAGUAUGGCAAUGGGUUGCUCUAUGCUGGAUGGAACCAAGACCAAGGUUGUUUUGCUUGUGGAAUGGAAACAGGUUUUCGGGUGUAUAAUUCAGAUCCUUUGAAAGAAAAAGAAAGACAAGAUUUUGCUGAUGGAGGAAUCACUCACAUUGAAAUGCUGUUCCGAUGUAAUUACCUAGCAUUAGUUGGUGGAGGGAAAAACCCAAAGUACCCUCCUAAUAAAGUUAUGGUUUGGGAUGACCUGAAGAAAAAAAAUGUUAUAGAAUUGGAAUUUUCCACGGAGGUGAGAAGUGUGAGACUGCGACGAGACAGGAUUGUGGUAGUGCUUGAUACUAUGAUCAAAGUUUACACAUUUACACAAAAUCCACAACAGCUUCAUGUGUUCGAGACUUGCUCCAAUCCUAAAGGUUUGUGUGUGAUGUGCCCGAACAGCAACAAUUCUCUGCUCACCUUUCCGGGACGUAAAACUGGACAUGUCCAGAUAGUAGACCUGGCCAACACUGAAAAAUCACCUUUAGAUAUUGCAGCUCACGAGGCUGCACUCAGUUCUCUAGCACUUAAUUUACAGGGCACCAGAUUAGCUACGUCAUCUGAAAAGGGUACUCUGAUCCGAGUGUUUGACACUAUAUCAGGCUUACAACUUCAUGAAUUACGAAGAGGAGCUAACAACGCACACAUUUACUGCAUUAAUUUUAAUCAAGACUCAACGUUUCUGUGUGUAGCCAGUGACCAUGGAACUGUACACAUUUUCUCAACGGAGGAUUCCAAGAAAAACAGACAGUUAAGCAUUGGGUCGGCCAGUUUCUUGCCCAAAUACUUCAGCUCUACCUGGAGUUUUUCCAAGUUCCAGGUACCCGGUGGUGCUAGAUGUCUGUGUGCCUUUGGUGCAGACUCCAACUCUGUGAUCGUGGUUUGUGCAGAUGGCAGUUACUACAAGUUUGUCUUCAACCCCAAAGGGGAAUGUACUCGUGAUGUUUACGCCCAGUUUCUGGAGAUGACUGAUGAUCGAUCAUAGUUUUAAGUUUCCUGUAUGUUGUCUUAAAACAAACACUCAAGUGUAUCUGCCUGUAAAGUUUUCAAUGCCAUGGAAAAUGAAAAUCAAAUCUCCUACCUGCACUUAGUUUUUAACACUUCACACCAAGCCUCAAAUAUGCCAUACCAUUUAUUCCGGUCCAGGUUAACACACCACAGAUUUCAUCCAAAGUCAACACUCCACACCACAGACUCAAAAGUUCCAUCCAAGGUCAACACUCAACUUCAAAUGCUCACAAAUUCCAUCUCAGGUCAACACUACAUGCCUUAUAUUCAACUGAAAGUCAACACUCCAUAUAAUAAAUUUCAUUCAAACAAGGUCAAUAUUCCAAACCAUAAAUCCAAUUCAAAAUCAACAUACAUUCUAGGUCAACACUGCACACCACGAAUAUUCAUCCAAUGUCAACACAGCACACCACAAAUAUUCAUCCAAUGUCAACACAGCACACCACAAAUAUUCAUCCAAUGUCAACACUCCAUACCACAAAUAUCCAUCCAAUGUCAACACUCCAUACCACAAAUAUCCAUCCAAUGUCAACACUGCACACCACAAAUAUCCAUCCAAUGUCAACACUCCAUACCACAAAUCCCACCAAAGCUUCACACAACACCUGUUCUCCAGGAUCAGUGCUUAGAAAGUUGCAAUAUGUGUUUGAUACUGCUCCUCCCCAAUACCCCCACUCCUUCACAAAGCUUGUGUCACAUUAAUUUCAGUCAUAAUAUUCAUUGUGAGGUAGAGUCCUUCCCUAUAUUUAGCAUCAAAACUGCUUACAUUCCAUCUCGUUAGAAAAUUGAGAAAUCAUUUUUAUAUAUGUGUUAAAUGGUAUUCAAAAUAUUGAAGUGAUGUGAUUUAGCUAUCAUAAUACUUUUCGCUUAAUGUGCUUUAAUUCAAAUUUCUACAUUAUAAAUCUAAUAAAUUUACAUUUUUCAAAGAUAGAACAUCUGGAAACACCUUCAGGACGUGACAAGUGUAUCAGUGUUGAUAGAUUUUCAUUGCUAUAUCUAUUAAAUGAAUUAAUUUGACAUGCAUUAUCAAUGUAUACUGUUUGUCUGGAGUAGCCUGUUAACUGUGAUGUAUGUGCUAUACUAAAACUGCCUAGUAAAGCAACAUUUGUGUAAGUUUAAUAAAGCCAAGCAUGGGUUUUUGAUUUUGUGCUUUAGUGUUUCAAUUUACCUUGAUAUCCUGCAGUAAGCCCAGGAGGCCAGUACAUUACUUAGACAGAAAUCAGAGGGUGGGCUUAUUACAAGCUGAUGGAAUACUAUUUGUUAUUUUACUAAACAGCAAUAGAAGGAAUUGAGGCUUAUUACAGGGUAUUCAAUGAUUGUUAUAUGGAAUAUAGGAGCAGGUUGUUUACAAGCAUAAAAAACCUCAACCCAUACACAUCAUUUCAUUGGCGACAAAAAUAUUUUGUGUGGUCAAAUUAAGUUUCCUUAUUCACAGAACAUACAUGAUAGAUGUGAUUUACCCAUUAAAAUUUGUCCAACUUGUUUGUGAUGAUAAAAUAAGACCAGUUUUUAUUUUUUUAAACCUUAGGUUUUAAAUGUUUGUAUCAUACUAUGUUUCUAUGAUAGAGUGCCAUUUCAAUCUUGUACAUUGGAGAUGUACCUGGUACAUGUUUACUUAUGAUGAUUGCAUUAUACAUUCAAUAAUGGCUAGAUGUCUUAUCCUGCUGUUUGUAACAUAAAAAUACUGGUUUUUAUUGUUGAAAAAUGAUAAAUAUAAAACUAGUUCUUCAAUAUUUGUCAUAUGAUUAGAUUCAAAUUCUGUUUAUAAAAUUCUGCAGUAAUUACAAAUCAGAAUAUGCUUCUGUACUUGAAAGACCCAUCCUGUAAAUUUUGAAAAUAUUGUAUGGCAAUGGUAUAUUUCUCAGAAUAAUGAAUUUAGAAAUUGUUUGGUAUUUCAUUUGUCAUGUAUCUUCAGCAUUAAACUUUAUCACACGUUUGCCACGUCACACAGUGAAUAUACUUAAGUCAUAUGUUUUAGUAUGACUAGUGAAGGAAGACCUAACGUGACGUCAUACAAUGAUAAGUAUAUUAUGACCUCACACUGGAGAUCAAAGAUAAAUAUAUAAAGUCUCGCAAAAACGAUUUCAAGAAUGACAUAAUGGUAUCAACAACAAAAAAGUGAUCAUGUGAUAAAAUGGAUGUUAAUUUUGUUUUCAUUUUUUUAACAAUUUUUUCACUUCUGCCUGCCUUAGGAUCGCUUAAUUUAUGCACCGCAUAUGAAAUGGAAGCUGUUGUAUAUAUAUAUAUAACCCAAGGACACAAUAUUAUCUCUGUAUUAACGUCAACAUACCUGGAAUGUUGUACAGAGAAACCUUUUUAGUCAAUAAAGCUUGCUGCAAUAGCACUAUCAACAUCAGGUACUGUAAAUGUAUAUGUUUAAGAGGUUAUCUUAUUUCAAUACUUUUUGUUCUAAAGAUAUUGCACUACAAUAGGAUUACACUAAUAGCAGUAUCUGUAUGUCAUUGAUAUAGCAAUUCCUACAAAUGCAACAAUUCACCAUUAUGCUUAUUUGUUCAAAGCUUUUAUUGCUUAUAAAUGAAAUUGCGCCAAAAUAAGUAUGUUUACAGUAAAUAGAAGGUUUAUGCUGAGGUUUAUUGGUAUUGAUAAACAUUUUUGUGUUGAUAAAAGGAGUGAUUGCAAAAAGGAAAAAAAAAAAUGCAUGCUAUGUAGAACUGCUUUCAUAUUUCUUACUAAUCCCCAAAAAAAUUGUUUCUGAUUUUCAACUGGAAAGGAAAAUUAGAUUAUCCUGAAAUCAAAUUUUCAGUUAGAUUAAAUGUUCAUGAAACUUAUAAUGUUCAUUCGUCUUUAUAUUGGAUUAA